GAUGAAGCCAGAGAUAAUCAACUUUUUUUCCAGCAGCAGAAUGGCUGCAUAGGAAAUAUUCAAUCUAGUGAUUUGUAAAUCACGAGCAUCGGUGUUUCGUUUGUACUUCUAUUUUGAAAGAGGCUUCAGGAGAUCAUUGACAUCGUGUUACCGUAAUGCACAGUGAAAACAUAUUGACAAUCGAAGUGGAUGAUGGCAUGAACUCGUCUUUUGAAGUGUUGGCGUUCCUGAUCGCUUUUUGGAGUUUACUUGUGUUCCAGUCGUAUUUUUCAGCACAUGAUAGAAGAUGAAUGAGGAUGCCUUUGAGGUACCGGAAAGGAACGAGUACCGCUACCUGGUGCAGGAGGAGGAUGAAGAGGAGGUGCAAUAUGUUCGACACAGACACUACAUCAGCCCUUUCCUGGUGCUUUCCAGACGCUGCAUUUUGCUCAUCUGCCUCGGGGUGCUGGGUCUCCUUGUUCUGGCCACUUACCUGGGCUAUGUAGCCCAGACACUCCCAUCUGGAUUUGUCCAAGUGACCACUGACUGUGGCAAAUUCAGAGGAAGACAAAAAAACGGGGCCUACUCCUUUAAAGGCAUGUCAUAUGCUGCUCCGCCAGUUGGUAAACUGCGUUGGGCACCUCCUGCCGACCCAGUGUGUCGGGAUAGCGUCACGGAUGCCACCCGCUUCCGCGGCGUAUGUCCUCAAGUGCAACCGCUGUCAAGCACAGGCAAGGUGAUAGGCCAAGAGGGCUGUCUCUUCAUCAAUGUGUGGACACCAACGCUCAAGGCCGACGCAAAGCUGCCCGUCAUGGUCUGGAUCCAUGGAGGUUAUCUACACAUGUUCAGUGGUAGCGAGCAAGGCUACUCACCCACGGAGAAGCUUGCAGCAGAAACUGGGAUGGUGUACGUCAGCUUCAAUUACAGACUCAAUGCAUUUGGCUUCCUGGCACUGGAGAUACUAAGGGAAGGCUCUCCGAAAAACACUUCAGGGAAUUAUGGCUUCAUGGACCAGAUUUUUGCAUUAAAAUGGGUACAAAGAAACAUCCAUGUUUUUGGAGGCGAUCCUGGGAAAGUUACCAUCUUUGGCCAGAGUUCAGGUGGAACUUCCGUGUGGACCCUGAUGAUGUCGCCGCUCGCAAAGGGUCUCUUCCAUGCCGCAGUGGAUAUGAGUGGCUCAUAUGUGUACAAUGCCACAUUGGAACAGGCUGAGUCGGACAAUUUGGUCUUUCUGAAGAACACGGGCUGCAAGGACAUUGCAUGCCUUCGACAUCUCUCUGUUAAAGAGAUAUUACAGGCCAUACCAUGGCAGCAAUACCCCUCCUGGGCUGCAGAUGACCUGGUUAACCUUCCGACCAAGGGGCUCUUCUGUGGUCCUGUUGCAGUGGUGGACGGUUAUGUCCUUGAAGCGUCACCGUUUGAGAUAUGGGAAAAGAAAGGAGCUUACAAUGAUGUUCCCUUCGUCAUUGGGACAACAGAGCAGGAAGUGGACUUCAGUCCAUCGCCUGAAAAUAUUUCCAUGUGGACCUGGGGCGACUACAAGUGGUUUGUGACAGAAAAACUCAAGUCUUUUAGCGAGAACCUUCCUAAAGCGGCAUUGGAGCUUUAUCCUUCCUCCGACCCCUGCCCCACCACAGACCGCUGUCCUGAGCGAGCCUACACGACCAUGGUUUCUGACAUCAGAGUGACAUGUCCCAACAAUGAUCUUGCCCAGAAGGCCGCUGCGGCCCUUCGGAGUCCUGUUUACCGCUAUGUGGUGACACACACACCUUCUGGAGCAGUCAACACAACUAUUCCUCUGAUGCCGUUUCACAGCCGCUUCUCUUUCCACUGCUUGGAUAUCAUUGCUUUCUUUGGGGGACUGGAGUUAGUUCUGGGGAAACCACUCUCUUAUCUAGACAAGAGUUUCCAGGAUCUUGUAACACAGCAUCUUGUGAACUUUGCCAAAACAGGGAAGAUGGUUGAUGGGUGGUCCGCUUACCCAGCAGCCACUGCCCUCCUGUCCAGCAAACUUUUGUUUGUCAACGAAUAUUCAGCUGCGCGCUGUCAGUUGUGGAAGGAGAACGGCCUGUUUGCCUAUGCGUGGAUAAACUGAUCAUACAUUGGCGUUCACUGACGUGCAAAGACAAAAAUUGUUCAGCUGUCUUUUGCUUGGCCGUGCUUCAAAAAUUGUUGAAAAGGGAAUAUAUUCUGUAUGAGUUGCUUGUAAGUAUAUCACAAUUUAUUAAAAAAAACAAAAAACAUUAUUACAUUUUAACAGCAGCCUGUCUUUGUUGAAUUGUAUGACACAUUUUUAAACAUGUUGCGAAAAUUAUAAAAUAUUUCACAUUUCUUGAAGUCAGGCUUACCUUUCAACCGAAACUUUCUGCCUAAGACACAAGUAAGAAAAUGUCCUUUGUCGUGUAUUCGUGUGUGUAGACACACACACACACACACACACAACACACAACACACAGUUUGCAUUUUCUCCCCAUGCCUGCAUGGAGUUUCUCCGGGGACUCCGUAUUCCUCUCCCACAUUCCAAGAUCAUGCAUGGCAGGAUAAUGGAACUCUAAAUCAGGGGGGGGCACCCUAUUUUGACGGAAGAUAUACUUUUCAAGCAACCAACCUCCUGCGAUCGACCCGUUACACGUACACACACGCUCACACAAGCGAGCGCAACCAUGCACUCCCUCAAUUUCUCUGUGUUUUUAAUAUAUGUCAUUCUUUCUGUUCAAUUACUUUUAAAGCAGUGCACCUGUCAAGAAUCUUUUUUGCACCACGGACCGGUUUUACAUACACUAUAUUACAUAUUUAAUGGACCGGUGGAGAAACAAAUAGUUUAAUAUACACCGUGAAUGUUUUUGUCGUAAUGUCGAUCUUGGCAUUAUUUCUCUUUGACGAACUGGUCCAAUCUUGGGAUAUUAUUUUUUUUCCUUGAAAAAAAUUCUAAAUGCUUGUCUUUUAAUGGCCAAUGUGCAAAAGCAUUUUCAAUGGCUUCAUUUCCUCGUUUGUGAGCCACUUGCAGCAUUACAUAACAAUCAAUAAACCUUCAGUCA